AUGACCGCUGCAGGAGUUGUCAGCAGCACAGCAUUACGCAUUGUCCAUCGUACAUGGAUUGACUAUUGGGAACGUUCACCGCACUACCCAGCCACCCCACACACUUCAAGCUGGCACAUAGAUCCCCGAUCCGUCAGAGUCGGAGGGAUGAUGAUGAUAUGGUCCAAUCAACUCAAAGUAUUAUGUGUUGAUGCAUUAAUGCAGCUAGUUUGUGUUGCUCGAUUCCACGAGGUCGAUGCGUGCGGAGUCUGGGAUUCAAGUGUGAAAAACACUAUUCCCCAACCAACCAAUACUUGUGAAAAUGCACCACACCUUGCCGAAGCAAGCAUGAAUCCAGAAAGGUAUGCAGCACAGUAUUUGUAUUAUAGUUGUGCAUCUGAAUAUUUCUCGUCCCUGAUUGAGGCAGUUAGGAUACUGCAGUCUGGAAAGCAAUGCGACUCUACAGUAUCAACCAUAUAUACUGCAGAGUCCAUUGCACCAGAUUCAGCAGUGGCUAGCCAUUCAUCAGGACCCGUUGAGCAUUAUACCGAUGCUCAAGCAUCUAUGCUGUCAUACAGCUAUGCUAAACGGGUUUUGGCGUGUGACAAACCGCCUUUUGAAACUCGGUAUAAAGCUGACCAGAUGCAGUACACAAGCAGUAAGCUUCCCGGUGAAGCUGAUAGAUCAAAAGUGUGGCAGCUCAUUCUCUGCAGUGGUGACUGGACCAAACUCAUGAUUGCUGAAAACAUGGCAAUAUCACCGCAUCAAUCAACCAGUACCGUUUACUCGACCACCCAAUGCAUCCAUGACAAAUAUGAGGUGCUCUCGAUUGAUUCAAACAGUGCAUCUGCGUUUGAUGCAACUAGACUGGUAUAUGUAACUGAAUCUGUGUGCAUGCGAUUGAUCAACAGCGAUUUGUCAGUGUACACGCAGACCAACAAUUUGCGUGGUAUCAGUCCAAUCCAAACUACUGGCAGGGCAAUUCGAGGUAAUAUGAACUCGAUUGGGAACGUUGAUUUUUUCAUAUCGAUGGACGAAAUGCGACAAACAGUCAAAUACCUCACCAUGCAAGUUGUAUCCUUGAAAACUGAUAUGGCCGCUGUGACUAGCGCAUUUGGUCAGUUGCAGAGUCAAACCAAUGACAUUGUUGUCAUGAUGACCAAACACGACAAUGUCAUUCGAUCAUUACUGGAACAGAUCUUGGUCAAACUGGACUCUGGUUGCUCACCAACACCUGUAGUUGUUAUACCAGUUGCGGUAUUCGAAACCAUUUCCACGACUGUGAACAUCACCGCAACAGUGACUGUGUUUUGUCCAUAA